UAAUUCUGUGUAACAAACAGCCCCUUUAUGGUAUGUGGGCAGAAAUAAAAGACAAAAAGGCAUUUGAAAAGGUGAAUAAAAAUCAGAGCGUAGCUUCUACCCACCGAAAUAUAAUUACUCAGCAAAGCAUUGGGGCUUCAGUGCUCUCAGACAGAAGAAGAACCAUGAGGCCUGCUUCCUUCACAGCAACUUCUCUCAUCCUCUACCUCUUCCUCUUCCUUCUCCGGCGGGGAACCCUCACCACCGGCGAGAUAACGCCGCUCAGACGAGGCUUCUAUGCCGGCGUCUGCCCGGAGGCGGAGCAAAUCGUUCGUGAGACGAUGCGACGCGCAAUGACCAGAGAAGCCCGAAGCGGGGCUUCGGUGAUGAGGCUUCAGUUCCAUGACUGCUUUGUCAAUGGAUGCGAUGGAUCUCUAUUGCUUGAUGAUACGCCGACAAUGAUCGGGGAGAAGCUCGCGCUAUCGAAUAUCAAUUCGUUGAGAUCGUUCGAGGUGAUCGAUGAGGUGAAGGAGGCGUUGGAGAAGGCCUGUCCAGGGGUUGUUUCUUGUGCGGAUAUUAUCAUCAUGGCGGCAAGGGAUGCUGUGGUGCUGAGUGGAGGUCCCAAUUGGGAAGUGAAACUUGGUAGGAAAGACAGUUUAAGUGCUAGCCAAGAAGCCUCAGACAACAUAAUGCCAAGUCCUAGAUCCAAUGCUACCUUCCUCAUCAAUCUCUUCCACAAAUUCAAUCUAUCGAUCACCGACCUUGUCGCCCUAUCUGGUUCUCACUCCAUCGGCAUGGGAAGAUGCUUCUCUAUUGUAUUCAGGCUUUACAAUCAAUCUGGCACAGGCCGACCUGACCCACACAUGGAUCCUAGAUUCCGGUUCAAGCUCAAUCGCCUUUGCCCGGUAAGUGGAGAUGGCAACAUCACUGGCAGAUUAGAUGCCACUCCAGCUAAGUUUGAUAAUCGGUAUUUCAAAGACUUGAGAAGGCAGAGAGGUUUCCUAAAUUCAGAUCAGACACUCUUUUCUGAUGAUGCAAGGACAAUGGCUGUGGUGAAAAGAUAUAGUGUUGAUCAGAAAGCUUUCUUUGCUGAUUUUGUUGAAGGGAUGGUGAAGUUGGGAGAUUUACAAAUUGAUCAACCUGGUGAGAUCAGGAGGAACUGUCGUAUUGUUAAUAAUGCUCCCAGGGAGGAGACUAGAGAAGCUGUAAGCUGAAGUAGUUUAUGUUUACUAAACUAUGUUAGCUCAGAUUGAUCUGAUAAACUUCUACCGAGUCCUUUAUAUUAUCUCUAAAGAACUGUAUUUGUACUGAAGAUGUAAAAUACUAAAAGCUUGUUUGGUGCUAUUUUUCCACUAUUUUGAUUAUUUUA